GCUCUCUGUCAUCAUCACACAUGGACGGGCUGCGCGUUUUUCUGGUCGUUCUCUUUGGAGCUGUUUCUUUCAGUCAGGAUCAGAUUCCCAAACCAGUGUCGGAGGUGACAGUCAGACCAGGAGGAAACAUCACUCUGUACUGUGACUGCAAAAUAUCAACUGGAGUAUACAUAGUGUGGUACAGGAACUGUUCUCAUGAGAACCAGCCCACUCUUGUUCUUAAAGCAAUGGGUUAUUCGGUUCGUUUUGAAUUUUUGAAGAACCAUUCUUCUGAAUCCUAUGACCUGCUGAUCAGGAACAUCACUGAUUCUGAUGAGGGGCUCUACUACUGUGGAACUCAACAGACCAAGGUGGAGGAUAAAGGAUUAAUCACUUCCAAAUACAUUUACAACUAUGGCAAUGUAGCAACAAGGAUCAUAUGUGGAAAAGAAGACAACUCAGACAGAGAAACAUGCCCUCACUCCAGUGUUGUGCCCUGGAUGAUGGUGGUGUUCACGCCAGCUUUAACUAUUCUCUCCUCUUUCCUCUCCUUUAUUUUGGUUUAUCACUUCUGUCAGAAAACAGAUAAAGAACCUGAAGUUCAUCAGAAAAGACCAAACAGCACAGGACAAACAAGACAGAAUCAGGAUGAAGAUGUGUGUUUAACACGAGUUGUGUUCCGGGUUAAGGAUGGACAAAAACACCAGUAGACAUGAAAUACAGCAAAAGCACAUUUGCCUCAUUCAGGCAGAAAGAAAAUAGAAUUGAACAAGUCCAAUUUCGAAAUGUUUCAAAUUCAGGUCAACAGUUUAACUUGUGGUUUCCUCUUGUAUCUUUGUAUUUUUCAAUGUCCUGUGGUUUGUGACACACCCCUAGAGAUCUUAAACCACAAAGUGUGUGAGCGCAAGCUGUGUGGCCGAUUUGGUAUCAGGUUUGUGAUCAACCAGUUGACAACAGUCACAUACACAUUAUUACAGUUUUAAAUGUACUUUUCCGUUGAGAACUGUUUAAACUUAAAUCUUGACUUACAUAUUGUUAUUAUUUUUAUUAGUUAUCAUUAAGUAAUAUGAGCUUGUACUGUUUUACAUGUAGAAUAUGUAUGGAAUAUUUGUAAUUAACUCUUUACUUGUUAUUAUUACAUUAUUAUAAAUCAAUUAUUUUUAUUACAGUUGUCUUUUGUGAGCUGUUUACAUAUACACACAACAUAUAAUGGGCUGUACUAUCUUUUUGAUUGCCCCCCCUUUACUUCAGUAGUCUCUAUUCUAAUGGAUAGGCAUAAUAAUUUGCAUUAAAUUAAUUUGAAAGAAUAAGUGAUGCAGGUGAAUGCCUUACUCAUUGCUUCUGCGAUUUAUUGUGGAUUAAAUGGCCAGUUUGUUAGAGGUAUGAACCACAAUAAUGAUGAAUUUAUUUUUAUUCUUUUAUUAUUUAAUUUGGUUUAUUACCAUUUUGUAUUUACAGAUGUGGAUAAAAGUGUUAGUACCCUAACACCUUAUUGAAACAAUAGUCUGUGAAAUUAAAAGCGCCUUUGUCAUGCAUAUGUGCACGCCAUUAG